AUCUAAGGUGGUAGCAAAAGUGGUUCAAAAAGUGUUUUUACGUUACAGGUUCACUGCUCUAUGACUCCAGUAAUGCUUCAUAUUCAGCUUCAUCAACUUAUUGCACUGGGAAUAACGGUUGUUGUCAGUCUGCUUUUUCAAGAAUGCCAAGAAUUCUCUUUGCCUCCAUACAAACAAUGAACACGGAGAAAACAUCAUGGACAUCUAGCAAUUGCACCUAUUUAUUAGUUGUGGAAAAAGGCAUUGCUGAAUCUGAAUUCACUCAAUUACUUGGUAAGUGCAAAAAAGAUGAUUAUUAUAACGUCAGGCAGGCGGUGAACUGGGUAAUUGGCAAUGUUAGUUGCGACAAAGCCACCGGAACGCCAAAAUAUGCAUGCGGAAAGAACAGUAGGUGCGUUGAUGACACUACUAGACCUACUGAGGGAUAUCGAUGCAAUUGCUCUCCUGGUUAUCAAGGCAACCCUUACCUCCCUAAUGGAUGCCAAGACAUCAACGAGUGUGCAAGUCAAAAAGGGAAGCAUUCAUGUCCCAAUGAUGCUCGCUGCAUAAAUACUCCUGGCAGUUUCCUUUGUGAGCCAAAUGAUGCGAAACAUAUGCUGACUAUACAACUCUCCUUAGGUGUUGUAGCAGCAGUUACUUUUGUAAUCUUGAUAGCAGUUUGUCUUUGGCUACGCAAAAGGCUUCAGAAGAGGGAAGAAAAGAAAGCUAAACAAAAGUUUUUCAAGAGGAACGGUGGAUUGCUUUUGCGACAACGUAUUCCCUUUAGUAAAGAAAGUAAUGGUAGCUCUUUGUUAAAGCUCUUUUUCAAAGAGGAGUUGGAGAAAGCAACAGACAAUUUCAGUGAAAGUCGAAUUCUUGGAAAAGGAGGGGCUGGUACUGUCUACAAAGGAAUGUUAUCAGAUGGAAGCAUUGUAGCUGUGAAGAAGUCCAAUAAAAUGGAAGAAGAUCAAAUUGAACAGUUUAUAAAUGAGAUACUUAUUCUCUCCCAGAUAAAUCACAGACACAUUGUCAAGGUACUUGGCUGUUGUUUAGAAAUUGAAGUUCCUUUAUUGGUUUAUGAAUACAUCUCUAAUGGAACCUUGUCAUCCCAUAUUCAUGGAAACCUUAGUCACAAUUCUGAUCCUACUGUCUCAAAACCAUCAACAAUGAUACUAUCGUGGGACCAUCGUUUGCGAAUUGCUGCGGAAGUAGCAGGGGCCCUUUCUUACAUGCACUCAUGUGCUUCUACUCCCAUUCUUCACAGAGAUAUCAAAUCAAGCAACAUAUUAUUAGACGAUACUUUUAGAGCAGUGAUUUCUGAUUUUGGACUUUCGAGAUUAUUGUCCGUUGACAAGACUCAUUUAACAACACUAGUAGGGGGUACAUUUGGUUACAUGGAUCCACAAUAUUUUCGAUCUGGUAAACUUAAUGAUAAAUGUGAUGUCUAUGCAUUUGGUGUAGUUCUUGCAGAGCUUCUGACAAGCCAAAGAGUUGUCUCUUCAAACAUAAUAGAAGAUCCAGGCUUGGUCAAACGCUUUACAUUAUUAUUAAAACAAAAUCUCAUUUUUGAGAUUUUAGACACUAAAAUUAUAAAAGACCUUGAGGAUGAAAAAGUGAUUCUUGCUGUGGCUAAGCUUGCCAAUAGAUGCUUAAAUUCUAAUGCUCGGAGAAGGCCAGGCAUGAAGGAGGUGGCAGCUGAGCUUGAUCAACUAAGGAAAAGGGGGCAAGAUAUACCUCAUGAUGAAUGUUUUCAAGAUAACAUUUCUCCAAGAAGUGAAAGUUCAUAUAGUUGUAAAUCUUAUUGUACAGAAGAAGAUAAUCAGAACUCGGUGUCUCAUGAUUAACUGAACAAUGAUUGAAAGGAAAGUUUGUAAUUUCUACAACUACAAGUUUUAUUUUAUGUAAUGUUUAAUUUCAUUGAGACAUAAUUUAAUGAAUAUUAGGCAAUGACUUGCCAUAAUAUUAGGUUGUUGAAUUGUUGUAACUAUGAUGAAGAUAAUUGUCAUGA